ACCACGAAAUUUCGCCCUCCGACAAGUCAACUUUCCGCAACCAGUAAAGUCGACCACCACAAUCCAUUACCAUGGCCAAGCGAACCAAGAAGGUCGGAGUGACCGGCAAGUACGGUACUAGAUACGGUGCCUCCCUCCGAAAGUCCGUCAAGAAGAUGGAAAUCACCCAGCACGCCAAGUACAUCUGCACCUUCUGCGGCAAGACCAGCGUCAAGCGUCACUCCGUCGGCAUCUGGGACUGCAAGUCCUGCAAGCGCACUGUUGCCGGUGGUGCCUACACCGUUGCCACGCCCGCUGCCGCCGCCAUGCGCUCGACCCUCCGAAGAUUGCGCGAGAUCGCUGAGGUGUAAGGUGGAUAAAGGCAGAAAGGUGGACGGAACGGCUGUAGCCUGGGCGGUGUUAUCAUGAUCUUGCUUGCUUUUCACAACAUUUCGUGGUGUCAGGGAAUAAAAUGGUUUUCUCAGCAGGGCAUGCUACGCAAAUCGACCAGGGAAGGGAUGAUGGCCUCCGAUAUGGGUACGGAUCCUUGACGAGGCUAGGAAUCAGCUAGAAAUUGAUUCCAUGAAGAA